CGAAGCGGGUCGGUGCCCCCGUGUGGAGAGAGGGGCGGCCGGGCUCCCUGGACCCGGACGGCCCCCGGCUGGGCAGGAGGCUGGGGCCAGGGGCCGGCCAUGUCCGCUCGCGCCCCGGUGCCCGCCGCUGCCACCCGGGAGGACCCGCCCGCCGUGGCCGGAGACCGGGACGCGCUGUUGGCAGCGGCGAGCCGGCGGGCGGAGCAGCCGGCGCCGGGCGAGCGGGAGGGCAAGGAGGCAAGGGAGGAGCGGGCCGCGGCCGCCACCAGCGCGGGUGCGCGGGGAGAGCCGUCGCCGGCGCUCGUGCUGGGACACAGCGUGCCGCAAGCGGCCGUGCCCGUGAGGCCGCUGGCGCUGCACCUGGCGCACAAGGCGCGUGCGCCCGGGGGUCCCUUCGGCGGGGAGGCUCCGCCGCUGCCGCCUCCGCCGCCGCCGCCACCACCACCACCGCCGCUGCCGCCGCCAGCACCGCGGGACCCACCGGAGGACGCCCGCGAGGACCCAGCGGCAGCCGGCCCCGAGGACAAGCCGCCGCCGCCGCCGCCGCCGCCAAAGGGGAACCCGUGGACCAAGAAGCUGCCGCAGCACCUGUCCCCCGUGGGCACCGGCGUGCCGCCGCCCGCUCAGGACUCCCCGGAGGCCGAGCUCAGUUCCCCAAAAAUUAUAAAAGCGGGAAAACUCAAGACAAAGAAAUCCAACAAGGCUAGUGACUUCAGUGAUAUGGCAAACUGGCCAACACCAGGUGAAUUGGUUAACACGGGGUCUCAAAGUGUUAUCAACCAAGGAAAUAAAAAGCCACAAAUUAGAAAAGAAAAAGAAGAGAAGAUUGAAAAAAGAAGCAACAGUGAGGGCAAAGAGAACCGGGAAGCAAAACUAGACGGUCCUACUGAGAACGUCAGCGAGGAUGAGGCUCAGCCAAGCAGCCAGCGGAAGAGAGCUAAUAAGCACAAAUGGGUACCACUCCACUUAGAUGAUGUGAGACCAGACAGCCAGGAAAGACCUGGAUCCCGGAACAGCUCUAGAUGUCAACCUGAAGCUAAUAAACCAACGCACAGUAAUAGGAAAAGUGAUACACGAAGUUGGAGACGGGAUAGAGAAAAGAGAGAUGAUCAAGAUGAAGUAUCCAGUGUGAGAAGUGAGGGUGGUACCAUCCGAGGCACCACUAGAGGUCGGGGAAGAGGCCGGGGCCGAGGAAGAGGCCGAGGCCGAGGAAACCCUAGAUUGAACUUUGAUUAUUCAUAUGGUUAUCGAGAGCUGGGGGAAAGGACUGAGCAGCCAUUUCCUACAGAGCUGAACACCAGCAUGAUGUAUUAUUAUGAUGAUGGCACAGGUGUGCGCGUGUAUCCUGUAGAAGAAACUCUGCUUAAAGAGUACAUUAAGCGCCAAAUUGAGUAUUACUUCAGCACAGAGAACUUGGAACGGGACUUCUUUCUUCGAAGAAAGAUGGAUGAGCAGGGGUUCCUGCCCAUUUCCCUUAUUGCUGGUUUUCACCGUGUGCAGGCUCUCACCACAAACCUUAAUCUCAUCUUGGAGGCACUUAAGGAUAGCACAGAAGUAGAAAUUGUGGAUGAGAAAAUGAGGAAAAAGAUAGAACCAGAAAAAUGGCCAAUUCCAGGCCCUCCUCCACGAAAUGUGCCACAAACAGACUUUUCUCAGUUGAUUGAUUGUCCAGAGUUCAUACCUGGCCAGGCCUUUGGCUCCCAUACAGUUUAUACCCCAAACUCUACAAGAAUUGAAAGUCCACUUGCCCCAAAGAAAAAUACAGAAACAAAUACCCUCCAAGUGAUCAGAGGUUUGUCUACCAGCUUACCUGACCUGGACUCAGAACCAGUUCUGAUGAGGGUGAAUGUGAAUCAUCGCCUGUCCCCAGUGACACUGAACGAAUCAACAUCUGUAUCUGAAGAGACAUCAGAUCAUCUAAAUUUGCCAGAGGAACCAGAACAAGAAAAACUCUUUUUGCUUGAUGAAGAAACAGAACAGACAGAAAGGAAGAACACACUGGUUGGUUGGUCUGAUUAUGAUUCAGAUUAUGAAUUUACUGACCAAGAUUUAAACAAGAUUUUGAUUGUAACUUAGACGCCUUAUGUGAGAAAGCAUCAUGGAGGAAACCAAGCAGGCACACAUGUAUCACAAACAAUCAGAACUUGCUGAAGUAUCAGUGAUAGCUUGUAUUACUGUGAACAGGCUCUUUGGCUAAUGGACAAAGAAGAGAAUUUCCCAAUUCUACUUCAGCAAGAGGUUGAGAACUUUAAGAAGGUAAAUCUCUAGUUCAUUAGUAAGGAGCAGUUCAAAAACCUAACACCUGAACUUCCCUUUGGGCCAGACCGAGAAGUUCCUGCAUCACCUUCAUAGUCCUGGCAAGCUGUAUCUGCCUCUCCCAGGAUUCAUCCUACAGGGACUCCCAAAGCACACCAAACACGACUGCAAGAUGCUAACAAAACACUGAGAGUUUGUCCUGCUGUCAAAGAACCAAGAACCAUCAACAUAAGUAGUCCACGAAAGAGGAAGACGAGUCACGCCACGACCCCCCCUCUAGAGUAUCACGUUGGGUGGGUGAUGGAGUCCAGGGACCACGGGCCAAGACUACCCUCUGUCAGCAGUUCAAAUGCUUCACCUUCAGAAGGUGCGCCACUCACAGGAAGCUGCAGCUACCUGCCUAAUUCCUUCCCAACGUUCCAGCAUCCUUCUUAUGAACUGCUGAAGGAAAAUGGCUUUACCCAGCAAGUGUACCACAAGUAUCGCCGAAGGUGCUUAAGUGAGAGAAAGCGCCUGGGAAUUGGACAGUCACAGGAAAUGAAUACCCUCUUUCGUUUCUGGUCCUUCUUCCUCAGAGACCACUUUAAUAGGAAAAUGUAUGAGGAAUUUAGACAACUUGCUUGGGAAGAUGCAAAAGAGAAUUACAGGUAUGGGUUAGAAUGUCUGUUCAGGUUUUAUAGUUAUGGACUGGAAAAACAAUUCAGACAAGAAAUUUUUAAGGAUUUUCAAGAAGAAACCAAAAAAGACUACGAAUCUGGCCAGCUAUAUGGACUGGAAAAAUUUUGGGCCUAUCUGAAAUAUUCUGAAUCUAAGACCAAGCCUGUUGACCCGAAACUUCAGGAAUACCUCAGCCGUUUUAAUAAGUUAGAAGACUUCCGUGUUGAUCCCCCUACUAGUGAGGAAUUUGGAAGACAAAGACAUUCAUCUACUUCUGGGGAGGAGAGUAUUCAUCAUACACUUCCAUCUCACCCUUCAGCACCACCACCAAGCACUGCUGAGCCUGCGUCUGCCAGGGAACUGCAGUCCCAAGGAGGAUGCCCAGGGGAAAUCCACAGGAGCCCAGUGACAACUCACAGUGAGGGCGCGGCCUUGGCCUCUAGGGUUGAAGUACCAGGGAAGUAGAUGCUUACACAAAUGCCUGCCGUGUGUUCUUGAAAUCAAUGUGUAUGUGGACAGAUCUUCUGAUGUUUAAUUGUGAUAAUCAGAAAAAACAAAAAGGAAAAGAAUUGUAGUCUUUUUUUUUUCCUAGCAAGAUGAACUCCACAUGUUUCCCCUGAUUCUACAAACAAGGUCUGCUUGACCUCAGGGGACCCCGUGGAGUCUUUGCCAUUAUGUUUUCUUGACUGUUUACAAGAACAAAAUUGCUUUAUUACACUUAAACAUGCAUGGAAUACCUGACAUUUUAGCUCAUCCCUCUUACAGGAGAUACAGUGUAUUGUAUUCAUCUCUUCUGUAAAACUAUCAAAGAGUCAGUUGUCUCCCUGUCAGUCCAUGUUUGAACAUGUCAAAAAGCAAGGAAAGAUUAUGUAUAUAGGUCUUAACUUCAGAAAUGGAUAGGAAACAUACAGUUACAGUUAUUUUAUUCUUGUAUAUACAUAACUAGAAGGGAAUUUUUUUCUUCCUUCCUUUCUUCCCUUCUCUUCUCUCUCUCUCUCUCUCUCUCUCUCUCUCUCUCUCUCUCUCAGACACACACACACACACACACACACACACACACACACACAACAAAGGAAUGCAUAGCAGACUAUAGCUGUAGUGAGGCCUGUGGCUCCAGCCAUUGCUUUCCCUAAGUCAGAGGCCGUCACAGCAGCUGUGUGGAUGUGGAACUUCUGAACUGGCGUAAGCUGGGUGUGUAUACUCAGGCCGAUUGACUUUUGUGAUUCUACAGAAUCUCGCACAUAUGCUUGAAAACUGGAAUAGUUGUGUUUUCCUGGAAUAGUUGUAUAAAUAAAUAAAUUUGUUUUGAAUAUGCCUGCUGUUUACAUGUGCAUGUGGGUGUGUCACAAGCAGUCAUACACUGGUCACCCAGGAGGCAUGCUUAGUGUUUCCAUUUCGUUUCUCUUUGUCAUCCUAUACUCAUAAUUGUUUUUAAGAGAUGUAAUAAAUUGAUUUUUAAUUCUUAGUGCUAUUGUAACUGAUGUGGCUAAAUAAUAGUUUUAGUUUUGUGGAAUUU